AUGGUUUUUGCUAUUGAGGAAAUCAAUAUGAAUCAAAGUGUUCUGCCCAACAUAACUCUUGGGUUCUCUAUUUAUGAUUCUUGUGACUCGGUCUUGAUGUCUCUGCUGAAAGCAAUGCAACUUUUAUCUGGUGAAGGGAAUCCUGUCCCAAACUUCAGCUGUAAAAAUCCUGUUCCUUUAGCAGCUUUAAUAGGGGAGGAUAAGUCUUCACAUUCCAUUCCUUUAGCAAGGCUAUUUGGUGUAUAUAAAUUUCCCCAGAUAAGUUUUGCAUCUUCUGCCACUAUACUAAGUGAUAAAAUUCAGUUUCCCUCUUUUCUGCGGACUACACCUAGUGAUGAUUUCCAGUCCUUUGCCAUUGCCAAAUUAAUUAUGCAUUUCAAAUGGACUUGGAUUGGCAUUAUAUUUGAGGACAGUACAUAUGGCUUUCAGGGUACUCAAACAUUAAUAGCAGAAAUAGAGAAAUCUGGUGUCUGCACAGAGUUUGUUAUUACCAUACCUACAUCAUAUUCCAUAACCAGGAUUAUGUAUAUAAUGGAUAUUAUUGACAAGUCUACUACAUCAGUCAUUGUGGUUUUCUCAACCAAUUACAUCUUCAAGCCUGUAAUGAUAGAGAUAACCAAUAGGAAUAUCACAGGAAAAACUUGGAUAGCAAGUGAUGGCUGGGCAACUUUUGCUGAUUUACCUACUAAUGUUAUGAAUACAUUCCAGGGGGUUUUGGGAUUCUCAGUUAGAAGAGGAAAUAUUCCCGGGUUCCAUAAUUUUCUUUCUCAUCUUCAUCCUUCUAGAAGUCCACAAGAUAUUUUCCUCCAAGAGUUUUGGGAGCAAACAUUUCACUGCAAGUGGCCUACAAAAAAUGGUCUCCAGAACCUCAAUGCCACACUGAAUGAACUUGUUCGUGUCUGUACAGGAAAUGAAAGUCUUCUAGGCAAGGAUAUUCCUUUUCUUGAUAUAAGUGAUUUAAGUAGCACCUACAAUGCAUUCAAUGCAGUAUACAGCAUUGCACAUGCAAUACAUACAAUGAUUUCAUGUGAAGAAGGGAAAGGCCCUUUUGCAAACAAAUCUUGUGCCCAAGUCCACAAUUUCGAACCCUGGCAGCUCCUCCAUUAUAUAAAGCAUGUCCACUUUACAAAUGUUAACGGUGAUGAAGUGUUUUAUGAUACAAAUGGAAAUCCUCCUGGUAUUUAUGACAUAAUCAACUGGCAGGUAACACAAGGAAAAUCCAGUCCGUUUGUUAAAGUUGGACAUUUCAACUCUCAAUCUAAACCUGAGCAGGCCCUUUUUAUUAACCAAAGUGCAAUAAUAUGGAAUGAGGGCAGAAAAAAGGUUCCUCUGUCUGUCUGCAGUAACAGUUGUCCACCUGGUUAUAGGAAAACAAUGCAAAAUGGAAAACCUCCUUGCUGCUUUGAUUGCAUCUCUUGUGACAAUGGGGAGAUCUCAAACAUAACAGAUGCAGCUUAUUGCUUGAAGUGCUUUGAUGACUACUGGCCAAACGAAGAAGGAGAUAAAUGUAUUAUAAAGCCAGUUGAAUUUCUGUCCUAUGAUGAACCCCUAGGGGCUGCUUUGAGUGCAUCAGCAGUAACUAUAGCAAUAUUCAUAGCCAUAGUUUUUAUUGUCUUUAUCAAAUACAGAAACACCCCAAUUGUAAAAGCCAACAACAGAAAUCUCAGUUAUAUCCUUUUAGGUUCCCUCCUCUUUACAGUUGUGUGCCCUUUUGCCUUUAUCGGUGAGCCGACAAACAUAGAGUGCUUCAUCAGACAAGCUGCAUUUGGCAUUAUAUUUACUAUUUGUGUAUCUUGCAUUUUGGCUAAAGCUAUUAUGGUAAUCCUUGCAUUUAGAGCCACAAAACCAAACAGUAGCCUAAAAAGAUGGGUUAGUCCAAAGGCGGGAAAUUUCAUUGUAGUUGUAUCAACAUUGUUUCAAGUGAUCAUUUGUUCCAUUUGGCUGCAACAUUUCCCACCAUUCCUGCAGAAGAACACAACCUUUAAAUUAGGAACAGUUAUUAUUGAAUGCAAUGAAGGUUCAAAUGCUGCAUUCUGGUGUAUGUUGGGAUACAUGGGUAUAAUGGCGAUGAUCAGCUUUGUGGUGGCUUUUCUAUCUCGCAAACUCCCUGAUAGUUUUAAUGAAGCCAAAUUUAUAACGUUCAGCAUGCUGAUGUUUGUAAGUGUCUGGCUGUCUUUUAUCCCUGCAUAUCUGAGCACCCAGGGGAAAUACAUGGCCGCUGUGGAAGUAUUUGCAAUGUUGUCCUCAAGCCUGGGGUUACUGUCAUGCAUAUUUCUCCCAAAAUGCUAUAUCGUACUACUACGACCAGAUCUUAAUACUAAAGAACAACUACUGGAUAGAGGAGCUACCAGAACAAGAAAAAACAUAAAUGCUCUGUAA